GGAAUUCCAGAAUCUAGUUCAAACUUCGUUCAAACACGUCCGGCCAGUUACAUCGCGGAUCUGGUGCGCGCGCAAGGUUUGACAGCCCGCGCUUUUUCGACAUCUUAGGAUAAACUUCUUUUUUAAAAAUGACUACCCAAAUCGACGAUGAACAAAUUGCUAUGCUCAGGCGAGCAUUCAGCAUGUUCGACUCGAGCAAACAGGGCAGGAUUGAAAAGGAGAAGGUGCGCACCAUCCUGAACACCAUGGUCCACAGCUACGACGACAGGGAACUCGACCAAAUUUUGGACAGCGAAGACGCUGACGGCAGCGGCAAAUUGAACUUUGACUCAUUCGUGCGGGUAGCCACACAUUUCCUCGACGAAGAUGACGAAGCUCUUCAAAAGGAACUCAAGGAAGCUUUCAGGCUAUAUGAUAAAGAAGGUAACGGCUACAUCCCCACGUCCAGCCUGCGCGAGAUCCUUGCAGCCCUAGACGACCAGCUGACGCCCGACCAGCUCAACGAGAUGAUCGCAGAGAUUGACACUGACGACUCGGGCACUGUCGACUUUGACGAGUUCAUGGAAAUGAUGACAGGCGAUUAAAUUGUGGAUGGAUCAAUUACGUCGUUAAUGAGAAAAUAACCUAGUCACUAAUAAAUA